AUGGAUGAUCACGAUGAUCACGAACGUCAUAGAAAGUGCAGGGCUGUCGCUGCAAUAGUAGCUGCCGCUGUCGCCCUUGUCGCCAAGCCCGUCAAUGCCAGCGGGUCCUCCUCAACUCGGUCGUUGGAGGAGAUGAUUUACCUCGCAGUUUGCGGUGAUCCUGACUGUGCGGCAGUGUUCGAUAUCCCUUUACCCCGCCGCACUAGCGUACCGCGACAGGUGGGAUACUUCGAGCACGUUAUUCCCCUCCAGAGCGACAUGGAUUUCCGCAGCCACUUCCGCCUCUGUCGGCAAACUGUCGACAUUGUCGUUGAUGCGAUACGUGCGUCAGAACACAUGCAAGUGGACGUUACAGCCAGUGGAAAGGACAUGAUUGACGUGAAGAAGCAGGUUCUUCUUACCCUUUGGUGGCUGGGCUCCAAGAGCUGUAUAAGGGAAGUUAGUGACAAGUUCGGUCUGUCCAAGUACACCAUCUGGACAUCAACGCGACGGGUAUGUUUCGCUCUCUGCGACAUUGCCCCUCUGAUGAUCUGCUGGCCGAAAGAGAAAGGUGUCAACGACACACAAGGGCGGUUCCACCAACUGAAGGGAAUCCAUGGAAUCAUUGGUGCCAUUGACGGGAGUCAUAUACCCAUCAAAGCCCCUAUGGAAUCGACUGAUGCAUACCUGAAUCGGAAGAGAUUCCACUCUAUUGUGCUGCAAGCUGUCUGUGACGCCAAUUUGCUAUUCACAGAUGUGUUUGCUGGUUGGCCUGGUUCGGUUCACGAUGCCAGAGUGUUCAACAACAGCCCGCUCAAACAUGCCGUGGAUGAGCGCAAGGAGGAGUUCUUCCCCAUGGAGAGUUUCAUCCUUGGGGACUCCGCAUACCCUCUUCUGCCAUGGCUGAUCACCCCAUAUCGUGAUGCCGGUAACAACGGAAUUUCAAUUUCAAUCAUUCAUCUUCCCGUAUGGUGA